AAUCAUAAUCCCAAUCUUUCGAAGGUCAAAACCCUAGAAUGGUUCCCCAAGCUCUGCGGGAGCAACAUAACUAUAUCAAAUCGACUCCAGGAAUUACUGUUAACUAUCGCGAGUUGUGAUACCAUUGAAGCCAGUCAUUUCUCCUGGCUCGUUUUCUCGGUUUAGUUGGCUGUCAUCUGUUUCAACAACCUGAUUUAAUUUGGUGGUCCAGAAGCGCCCAAAAGGGGAAGAAUUUUAGCCAAUAUAUUUUUCCAGUGCAUUAGUCAAGUAAGUUUGUUAAUAUGGACUCAGUAAUGAUUAUGUCAUGGUAGAUGUGGUCAAGACCCUGUGAAAUAUCUUCUUGCAAUUCGGGAUCAAAUCUUAGAGUUGCCACUUUGGGGAAAAUUUUAGAAAACUGCCACCGUAGCAUUAACCGAUCAACCCCCUCCAUUUAUACCUAUGAAGCUGGACAAGCGUGUCUGGACACCCGUACGAGCGUAUGAUACAUGUAUUGGUAAAGUAUCCAAUUUGACAUAAUUUUGGCAUGGCUCCAACACAAUGUUAAUAAACACAAAUCAUAGCAAUAAACUUAUAAACUUACUACAUAAGUUUAAGUUUCUAUAAUGAUUACAAAAUAAGGAACAAAUCUUUGAUCACUAAUUUUCGCUUUUUGAAUAUUAGAAAGAUAUAUUAGAUUCAUUUUUGUGUUAGUUGAAAGUUUGAAACUAAUAUGUAUAUACACAGUGUUCCGUGUCCUAUAUUUUUCAAUUUAACCAUAUCUAUGUCUCUGUGUCCGUUCAUCUGAGCUUCAUAGUUUACUCCUAAAGAAGUUUUCUGAAGCUUUUCUCUUGUGGCAGAUUCCGAUAGACGGACUCUGUCAUCUAUAGUUAAGAGAGGUGUAAAGUGAGAAUGUAAGUGUACAUCUUCUGUUGAAUUGGCUUGCUAGGGGGACACUAUCAAAAUUAAAAGAUGCGCUGGUCAUGUUUUUGCUUGUUAGGGGGCGAACUUACAUUUCAACUUUUCAAAGAAUAAUUAAUUAUGAUGUUAUCCAUGAGAAGUUAAUUUCUGUUUCUCUAAAGUAACUAUGUUUAACUCUCUAAUACUCAAAAUUAUCAUGGGAAACAUGAACAAAGAAUUCAUUCAUGUUCUCAUCAAGGUUUUCUUAUUUUCUUUUGUUGAGACUUGGAUAGCUUUUUCAAUAAAUUUUGUUAUUUAACUGCCGAGUGUUAUUUAUUGAUAAAAAUGCAUUAAGUUUAAAUUUUUUUAAUGUACUUGAAAUAAACACCAAAAAGUUACUCUUUAUUUUAUUCUUUCUUUUUAAAAAAAAAAGAGUGAUGCUCAAAUACGUCAAAGUAUUACUGCAAUAAUUUUUGUUCUGGAAGAAGUUCUAGUGUUAACCACGUGGUAUGUCAUGAACAAGAUGAUUGACCUCCAACCAGGGUAUUGGAAGUAUUCAUAUCUUUCUGAAUUAAGGUGACCUACAGCAACUGAUAAUCUCAAGAUCACUUUAAUCUUCUAUUCUAUUAGAUGGAUCGAUGUGAUACUUCAGGAUUUGUAAGUGGGAGAUGCAUUUUACUCUUGUAGAUGUCCAAUAGUACGACUUAUAGGUGCAUCUAACCUGACUUUUAUAGAUAUCCAAUUUUCUUAAUGGGGAAAUCAGGAAAACGUUCUAUUGAAAUUUAUUGAUAGGUAUAGAACUAUACUGUCAUUGUCUCAUGGAUGUGAGGUCCCAGAACUCGAGUUUCACUGCUAACCCUUCUGCAAAUGCUUUCAAGAAUUUGAGUAGCUCGAUGCAAGUUGAAGUAACGGAAGCUGACUGUAGUACAGAUGAUAUCUUACAAUUUGACUUCCCUAGUUCUUCAAUUUCAAAGGGAAUGAAAAGAAAGUGGGGUUUAAUUGAUGGAUAUAUUGGGCAAAGCACCUGCUCUUUGUCUCGUGGACUUGGUCUUUCAACAAGUUCCUCUGACAGCAAGGAGAGUUCAGCUACUUCUUGCACUGCUAUAUCUUCAGUCAAAGAGAUUGAUGACCAAUCAUCUAUGCCUAUGGAUAUUGAACUGGACUUUACCCUUAAUCUUGACUGUGAGAAGGUAGAGAGCCCAAAAAAACUUGUUAGUUCAAAUUUGAAGAUAUUUGAGUUGCAUCCAAAAAUUGAUUUGGAGUUAAGCCUUUCUACACAGCCCUCCAAAUCGGAUAUUACCAGUGUUUGUGUAAGUCCCUCUCAGUCUCCACCUCUUCAGUUGAACUUGGAGAUCCCAUUAGUACUCAGCACGACACCACCAAAUGUAGAUGAGGGAUCAACUUCAUGUAGAUUGAAACUAGGGCUUGUUUCACUUGAUCCAGGUGCUAGUGUAAUGUUAAACCGGGCCGAAAAGAAGGUUAUGGAUCCCUCACCUGACAAACUGAAAAGUUCUGUUACCUGCACUUCUAGACUAACUCAGCUAAAACAACCACUACACUGCAACAGUAAUUCUACGACCUGUCAAGUUGAGGGAUAUGGAAAGGGAUACCAAGGUGCUUCUGGACUUUGUAUAUCUCAUGGUGGUGGCAGGAGGUUUAACAAAGCCAGCAGCAAUAAAGGAGCUGAAGGCUGGACAUUGCACUGCAAGUCUUGUGGAGGAGGCAGGCGAUGUGACUAUUUUGGCUGCACUAACAGCACAGUAGGACAUACAAAUUUCUGUAUUGCUCAUGGUUGUAGCCAGCGAUGCAGUCAUCAUGAGGGAUGCAUCCAAGCUGUCCGUGGGAAAUCUGGAUUGUGUAUUUGGCAUGGCCGUGGCAAGAGACAUCAAACAGAAAAAUGUACUAAGAAUGCAGAAGGCUUAGCUGGUCUGAGCAUCUCAUAUGGUGGAGGGCAUCGAUGUCAAGCUUCUGGUUGCACUAAAGGGGCACAGAGAAACACUAUGUUCUGCAGAGCGCAUGGUGUGGAAAAACGCUGUACAGCGCCAGGGUGCACCAAAGAUGCUAGGGGGACCACUCCACUUUGCAAAGGCCAUGGUGGAGGAAAAUGCUGUGCAUACCAGGGUGGUGGGAUUUGUACCAAAAGUGUGAAUGGAGGUGCCAACUUUUGUGUGGCACAUGGAGGUGGAAUGAGGUGUGCUGUUCCUGAUUGCUUGAAAAGAGCUAGAGGACGAGUUGAUCUUUGUGUACGUCAUGAGGGAGGCAAGAGAAGCAAGGUUGAAGGGUGUGGAAAGGGUGCACAAGGUGCCACCAACUUUUGUGAGACACGUGGAGGAAGGAAGAGAUGCUCUUGGGGACAUCCUGGGUCAGAAUAUAGCAAUCAACAGGGUGACCCUUCUUAUUCCUCGGCAAGGGGGAAGACAGGUCCGUCCGCACUUCAUAGUGGGCUAGUACUGGAUAAGAGAGUUCAUGGAGGCGUAUCCUCGGGACCAGUUAUUGAGGAUACUCGUGAUAAACUGGGCGAACUGAAGCAGAUUGUCGUUAACCAAGAUAUGGAUGUGGAUAUGAUCAAAAUGGGUAACCCACAGAAAGAUGAUGCGAUAACCUGUUCUGAUGCUAAACUAAAUGAAGUUGCCAGUACUCAUCUUCCAGCGGGGGAAGAAGAUCAUACACCAAUGUUGGUAGCUGUUCCCGAAGGCAGGGUGCAUGGUGGAAGUCUGAUGGCAAUGCUGAAGGGGAAUUCUAGCCUCAGUACUAGCCUUGGGAAAGGCCUAUUGAGUGAUCCCUCAGAGAUAAAUAAAAGCUUGCAUGGUGUCCCAGAGUAAAAUUUGAGGCUAGUUAUUGCUUUUGUUGCCUUCCACUCACUUCAGAAAUUUAUCUUCUGUCGUCACAACGGAGAGAACACAUGUGGAAGGUAUGGCAAGGUAGGACAUUAUACUUUGAUUUGGUAGUUGGUGCUUUUCUUUCUUUCCUCAUUUCUGCUUUUGUACAUGUUAUCUAUCAAUUUGUGAGAGCAGGUUGUUACGAGUAAAACCUGUCAGUGUGACCUUGUAUAAUGUUUUUAAGAAUGUCUCUUUAAUGAAUGAGAUAGAACAUUGUGUUUUCCUGUAA